UAACGCUUUGGUCUGUAUAGAUACCUGUCCACUCUCAAUCAGGCUGAGCACUCGUUGGCGGGGGGCGUGGCGGGGGGCGGGGGCGUAGGUCCGGCGUGAGGGAGCCACCGCCGCCCCGCCAUAUGGCUCAGCCCCGGGAGUAGGCGGAGGCAGGUCUGUGGUCAGCCCGUCCCCGUUUUGAGCUCCGUGUGUCGGUCGAAUGUAUGGUAAGCAGGUCUAUAUAAGCAGACCCGUCAGCGGAGAAGAGCAGUGUGCCAGCAAGCCUUCAGUAACUAACCACUUCAGCAGUUCCGCUCCGCUCCGGUCCCACGAAACAAUGGCUGUCAUCAAAGUAGUGUUCCUGGUCAUGGCCGCGGUCCUCGUAUCGGCAUCAGCAGCAACACAGAAAACGCAAGAAGCCGAGGAGAAGGAGAACAAGGGACGCUUCUUCAUAAACACGUACGGCAUGGACGGCGAAGACCAAACGAGCUUGACGGUGGGAUACAACAACAUCAUCCUCGGGGGCUUGUUGCUGGCUGGACUUGCUGCCAUCGUCAUCUUCUUCACCACAAGGCAAAACGACUACAAGGAACUCCCACAGGCCUACUCUGAGCCCGCGCACUACUCUGCGCCCGCCGAGGAAACGUACGCCAUCCACCGCCACCUCAAGGUUGCCAGCGACAAAUACGACCAAUAGAAGAACGCCGAUGCUCAAGUCACCACCAACGCCUCAAUACCUCCACGCGACGCAACCACACUCACUCUCACGCAGCCGUCCUCCUAACCAUCCCCAUCAUCAUCAUCAUCAUCAUCCUAGCACCAGCACCGCCAGCACCUCUCCCAACCCCCCAGCACCCUAACGCACUAAUGCACUACUCUCUCGCUAUGGCAGGACUGGUGGUUUGGCAUGCAGUGUGUCUUCGUGGCGGAGUGACUGAGGUAAGGGACUUGUUGAUUCUUCGAGGAUGUUACCAAGGGACGAUGACGAUGAACCUGAAGUAUAUGUUGCUUCGUUUCGGCUUAAAAUCAGAUCACAGUAGAAUAAAAUUAAAGAAAAUCAAUUAGAAGGAUGUUAAAUGGAGUAGAAGUCGAUAUGUUGCCGCUUCUCUUACUAUAAAUAAUAUAUGUUGCUUCGUUUCGGCUUCAAAUCAGAUCACAGUAGAAUAAAAGGAAAGAAAAUCAAAUAGAAGGAUGCAAAAUGGAGUAUAAGUCUCUAUGUUACUAUAAAUGCCAGAUCACAGUAAAAAGAAAGGAAAACAUAAAAUAGAAGUAUACAUAAUGGAGUAAAUGUCUAAAUGUUGCCGCCUCUCUCUGCUAUAAAUGCCAGAUCAGUGUUUUAAAGCCCUUAGAGUUUGUUCAAGAGUGGGGUUAGUGUAUGGGAGUGUUUUUACUUAUGGACAUUUUUGACUGAAUAAAAUACAACAUGACAUAACAAGACACGCUCCUUGAGAUAAUGAAACUAUUGAAAGAUAUGCACCACCACCACCAGCACCACCACCAUAGUCACCAUAAUUUAAAGUAUAUUUUGUAACACUGUAUUGCCUCUCCAUCACCAUCAGUCACUAGCACUCACUAGCACUCACUCCUCACCAUCACGGAUCCAGCACCGAUUUUUCACUACCAUCACGAGCACUGCACCACCAGCACUAUAUUCCAAGCACUAUACACACCCCAGCACCACCACCACCACCAUUCAGCAGCACCAGCACCAAUAGCUCACUGUCAUCACCAGCACUUCAUCACCAAUCAAUAGCACCAUCACCACCACCGCCAACCCACCAGCUCCCUGCACCACCACACACCACCCCAAGCACAAUCGCACAAUAAAAGCUCACUACCACCCCCCACCAUACGUCUACCACUCUCAGCACCUCCACACACCAUUACUAGCACAUCAGCACCAUCACCAUACAUCAGCACCAUUAGCAGCACUUACUACUUUUAAUACCACGUACCUCCAUUUCCAUCACCACUGUCACCACCAUCACUUAUAAGAACCUUUUACUAAUCACAUUCUGUACCUUGUUCCCUGUAUCCUAAACCCACAUAUCCUUGAAACCAGUCCUACACCCCAGUCUAUAUACCUACCUCAUAUCCUAAACCUCCCUGCCCUAACCUAUAUCUUCCCUAUAUCCUAUCCAAUAAAUCCUACACCCACAUGAGAUCCUGCAAUCCUUCCCCUAACCUACAUCCUAUCCCCUUAAUCCUAUACCCACACGAGAUCCUACAUUCCUUUACCCUAUAUCCUAUCCAAUAAAUCCUACCCCUAAGAUCCUGCAAUCCUUCCCCUAACCCAUAUCCUUCCUAAAUCCCAUCACCUAAAUCCUGUACUCCCACAAUAUCCUAAAAUCAUUCCUCUCCCUGUAAGUAAUCCUAAUCCUUCACCCCAAUCCUGGCUCCCAUUACCCAUCACUCUCCCAUCCUCCUCUUGCACUGACAAAUCACCUAUAUCCAAUCCUACAUCCUUACCCAAUGCACUUACUUACGAGCACCUUUAAUAACCUUUCCCUCACUUAUCCUUUACCCAAUCCUACGAUCCUGCAUCCUUUACCAGCGUCCUUAAUCUUUUGCACUUCGUAUCACCUUUCCCCACCUCCCUUUACCUUCAUCUACACCCAAUCCUUAGCCAGAGCACCCAACCCAAUCUUCACCCUUACUGCUGCACCUAAUCCUACUUGCACCCAUCCCUUAUAUAUGUCAUCUCUAGUUCCCUAAUACUCUGUCCUUAUACCUGUCUCCAAUCACUCAAGCCCUAUCCUAGUACAUCCUAAUCCUAUAUUCCCCAUUAUCCAUCCUUUGUAUCCGCCAUCCAUCCUAACCUUGUAUCCUUCACCCGUCAUCCUUAUAUCCUUUUUACCGAUACCAGAAUCCUCCACCAAGUAUCCUUACAAACAUCCCUAAUCCUUAUCCUUGUAUCCUGGCAUCCCUACAUCCCACUUCCCACGCCUUACAACCUACAUCCUCUCCCUGUGAAUCUGAACCCAUCCAACCAAUCCUCACCAACACCCAAAUUGUAUCCUCAACCAACUAUUCCUUGCAUCCCCCGCCACCUGCACCUACCCUCACACCUGCGUCAAAUGACCUAAGUCCUACCCAUCCACACCUUGUACCUUUGCCACUUGGAUCCUGCACCUAAGUCCUUGUUCCAUACACUUUUUAUUCCACCCUCCAGCAUCCUCCUCUCUCCCUCCCUUGAACCUUAAUCCUUGUACCAUCAUCCCAAAACUGCCCCAAUACCUACAUCCUUCCCCUUAUCCCUGGCAUUAUCCUUACCAAUCCUUGUAUGCCAUCCUCCCGUGAUCACCAGAAUCCAAGAACCUGCCCCAUCCUGCAUCCAAUCCCUUGUGACCCAAUCCUUGUACCCUGCUCCCACGAUCCCAUUUAUCCUUGUACCAUUUGCCUACCAUUGUCAGUGACCCAGAACCUACCCCAUCCUGAAUCCAAUCCCUUGUAUCCUUAUCCUUGAACCAUCCACCUAUCCUUGUAUAAACCUUCCCACCCAAUAUCCUCCAUCCUAGUCCUUGUAAUAUCCAGCCACCACUCCUGUACCCUUAUCCUUUAUCCUAGACCUUUUAUCCUCCAUCUACUAUUGCCUGUUCCCCAUUACCCAUUACCCAGCAUCCUGAAUCCAGUCCUUUGCUCCUUCCACCAACCAUUACCUGAUAUCCUACACCUAGAAAAUCCUGUUCCCUCCAUUCAACUACCAUCCUGAUCCUAAUCCUAAUGCCUAAUCCAUCCCAUACCCGCCAUCCACUCUAACCUACCCACCAUAUCCUGAACCUAAAUCCCAUAUCCUACCCUAAUCCCACUCCUUCCUAUACCUAUCCUAUGUCCUCCACCCAUCCUCAGUUAAACCAAUCCUUUGUAGAUAAUCCUGCCACUUCGCCCAAUGCAUCCUUCCUGAGAUAUCCUACCCCUGCACCAUGUCACCUAUUCCUUUAUCCAUUUACCUGAUCCUUACCACAAACCUCAUCCUAUAUCCUUCCCAAAGAGAUCCUUAUAACCCAUCCCAACACCUCGUUAUCCUUAUCCGUUCCUAUACCCAGAUCCUUUGUCCAUCUACCCUCACCUACUCCCCCACCCAUCCCUAAUCCUUAUCAUUUAAACCUGUCUACCUUUAUCCUAUCCUACACCCGCUCCCUAUACCCAGAUCCUUUAUCCACUGUCUCCUUGAUUCCAAUCCCCAUCCUAUUCCCUGCGACCUUUAUCCACCUCUGAAUCCCAUAUCCAUCCUCCCCAACUUCCCUUACCUUUAAACCUUUCUACCUUUAUCCUAUCCUACACCCGUUCCCUAUACCCAAAUCCUUUAUCCACAGUCUCCUUGUAUCCAAUCUCCCAUCCUAUUCCCUGCUACCUUUAUCCGCCUCUGAAUCCCGUAUCCAUCCUCCUCACCUUCCCUUACAUAUCCAACCUACGCACUAUCCACCCCCCAUCCCCUACCACCUGCAUGCUACCCUACAUCCUCACCCUUUCCCACUACCCCUGCACCCUGCCACUUUGCCCUCUCAUCUU